CACGGCACCCCGAACGUGUUCAUCACCGCCGCCGGCUCUGGCGACGUCUUCUGGUGGGACGCGGCGAACACGGUGGUCGCUCGAGGGACGAACGUCGGGUUCACAGCGCGGACGGUCGCGGCGGACGGGACGCUGCCGGACCGCUCGCAUCACGUCGCGAUCGGCGGCGGCGGCGGCGAGCUCUGCGUGUUGGACGAACGCGAUCUCCGCGUCGUCUUCCACGACUGCGCGCGGAAAGCCGGCGUCGAGGACGUCAAGUACUCCCCGGACGACACGAAGCUCGCGGUGUCGUCGCGCGACGCGAUGAUCGAUGUGUACGCCGUCCGAGGGAAGAACGAGACGUACCAGCGCGUGUUUCGGCUGCGGGGGCACUCCGCGGCGGUGAGGCACGUGGACUGGUCCGUUGACUCUCGCGCGCUCGGGUCGGACGGCGCGGACUACGAGCUUCUGCACUGGGACGCGUCCACGGGGAAGCAGCUCACGAGCGCGACGAACGACGUGCGAUGGCACACGUGGACCAGGGUGUUGGGGUUUCCCGUCAUGGGUCUGUGGCCGCCCGGGAGCGACGGCACGGACGUCAACGCGGCUUCGAGGGACCCGAAGGGGGAGCUCCUCGCCACCGCGGACGACGCCGGCGUCGUCAAGUUGUUUGCCUACCCGUGCGUCGUCGAGGACGCGCCGCACAGGAGGAGCGUCGGGCACGCGUCACACGUCAUGGGCGUGGCGUUCUCUCCGUGCGGGAAUCGGCUGCUGAGCGUCGGCGGGACGGACCGGUGCGUGUUUCAGUACGACGUCGUUCGGAAGCCG